UGGCAGGCAUGGCGGGGAUGGGACUCAACGCCUCGCAGCCGCCCCAGACGCACACAUCGCCGGUGCAGAACCACGUCCAAUCCCACACCCCCGCCCUCCCGCCCCGCAUCACGCCGCCCUCGUACAAUGAACAGCGGGCGCGCGCGCUCUGGGACUACAAUGGCGCGGACCCCGAGGACCUGCGGUUCCGGCAGGGCGACAUUGUCAUCGUGGACGAGGAGGUCAAUGCCGAGUGGUUCCGCGGUCGCAUUGUCGGCUCGAGCAUGGAGAAGGGCGGGCUGUUCCCGGCCAGCUACGUAGAGAAGCUUGGGCCCGGUACGCGGGAUGAGAAGGCUGGCGCCGGCGGCAUGGUUCCCUACCAGCCCCCCGGCGCUGCAUCCUCCUACUACACACCGCCCCCGGGCCAGGUGCAGCAGUACGGCGCCUCCGGUAUGUCACCCAUGCAACAGUCGGCUGGUGGCACGACGAUCGUUGUCCAGGACGACCCCAAGAAGGGCAAGUUUGGCAAGCUUGGCGGAAACCUAGGCAACGCCGCGGUCACCGGUGCUGGCUUUGGGUUCGGCAGCGCGGUGGCGUCGAACAUUGUCAACGCCAUCUUGUAAACUCCAUGCUAACCUCCCUUUUCGUCGGACAGUGCCACGAACACGGGCAGAGCGCCAAAAUUUUGUACAUAGAGACUCCGACUGUAUGCAUCCAUCGAUCUUUCGCAG